AUGAAAGUCGAUUACGAACUUCAAGAACUUCCUCCUCGUACGAGCAGCAAGGUGUCAGAGCACGAAAACAACUUAGACAUAGCUUCCGAUGACAGUGAAGCAAAUCAAGUUCAUCUGUUAAGCGAUUAUAGUAAACGAAAGACCCCGAGUCAAACGAUUCAUCAUAUUCAUCAUACGAACAUUCAAUAUGGAAAACCGCAUUUCGCUGUCUUACUGGCUGGUUUUUCUGCAUUGGGCGGAUGGUUUUUUGGUUAUGAUCAAGGUGUUACUGGUGGUAUAGUUAUCAUGAGUUCAUUUAAGAACGAUUUUUGCGUAGGAAUCUAUGGAAAUAAAAGUGUUUGUGAUCUUACCGCAGCUGCUCUUCCUGCUGAUUAUCGAAGAUUCUUGGUACUUUUCACAUUGAUGUAUAAUCUCGGGUGCUUUCUUGGUGCCCUUUUUAUUUCGACAUAUAUUGCUGAAAAAUUUGGACGUCGUGCAAUUAUAUUUACUUCCACGGUUCUNACGAACUCUACUUCACAUAUACAUUUAUUCGAGCUCAAAACAAUACAUGAACAGAUACUACAAUACAUUUCACCCUUUUUACCUGAAUCAUUUGAUAUGUAA